AUGUCUGGCCGCGCAGGCAUCGCCGUGGGCCUGCAGAAGGGCCAUGUUGUGACGAAGAAGGAGAAGGCCCGUCAGUCCAAGCGCGUGAAGCUGGUGCGCGACAUUGUGCGCGAGGUGGCUGGCCAGGCGCCAUAUGAGAAGCGCCUUAUGGAGCUGCUGAAGGUUGGCAGGGACAAGCGCGCGCUCAAGGUGGCCAAGCGGAAGCUGGGCACCCACAAGCGCGGCAAGGCCAAGCGCGAGGAGAUGUCGGCGCUGCUGCGCAAGAUGGCGGCCAAGAAGUAG